AUGGUAUUCCGCAUGAAGGCGAAGAAAGAAGCCAUGUUCCUAAGUAGCGUCAUAAUAUGGUUCCUUGCCCUGCUGUUGGCGAAUGGCGGCGGGGUCCAAGGUCAACCCGCCGCUUUCGGCGUGCCAUACGGAUCAAUGCCUGGAGCUGUCAUCCGGAUCACCCAUCGGGGCCUGAAUGCCCUGAUGGCCAAAAUCGGCCAGAUUAUUACCCAGAUUAUCCCACAAAUCCGAAUUCCUUUCGUUACGAGUGGCACAGCGGCGUUUGGCAUCGAGUACUCAGUGAAGGACGUGGUCAUAAUAAGGGCCACACCGCCGAGGCAAUUUCAGAUCCUGUUGCAGCCUGGCGCUGCCUCGCAAAUCGUGCUCGUCAACCUGAGUUUCCGCCUCGGUCUGCACUUCUACAUGAGUCCACAGGGAGGCAUCGGCGUGAAGGUGGCCGAAUGUUUGAUGAAUUGCGACAACAUCGACGUUGCCAUCGAGGAGAUAUCCGGCAUGAGCCUGCUGCGCGGCAUAAUCAAGAACGUGGUUCGCAGGAAGCUGGACAAGUUCGUACAGGAAGAGGCAUGUCAGGCUGUCGGUACCAUCGGCGUUGACGAAGUGACGAAGUGGAUGUCGCAGACGCUGACCAGAUUCCGCCUGUUCGACAAACUGUUUCCUUCGAAGCAUCAGGCGUCACGAACCAAGCGUUCAAGCUAUAAGCAGUUCGACCCGAACAACGCGUUCAUGGACUUGCUGCAGAUGGCCACCAAACUCGUGUUAGACUUCAGUGUCGUCGGCAAUCCUACGGUUCGAGCUUCCGGCUACUCGAUGUACUUCGAAAUUCCAGUAAAGGGCGAAGUGACGUUGGAGGGCUCAUCUCCUUACACGCCAAUCAGAGCGCAGCCGAUUCCGUCGAAAAACGAGAACUUCGGUAAGAUGAUUUAUAUCAUAGUCACCGAUUACACGUUCAACACCCUUCUGUACCAAAUGUACAGUCACAAGAUGCUGAACCUGGUGUUGACCAAAAAGUCGAUAGCUGACCCGGAAGUGCGCUCGUUUCUGUACACGAAGUGUCAGGACAACGAGUGCAUCGGCGCCGCGCUACCUGAGCUUCAGAAGUAUCCUAUGCAAGCGAUGGUAGUAUACGUCACGGCGCUGGCUGCCCCAAAAGCGGUCAUCAUCGACGGAGCCGUCCGAAUGUCGGCCAAGAUUCGUCUGACGGGCUACGCGAGUUAUAACAACAAGAAGGUCAAGGCCUUCUCUUACGACUUCAACUCUGUCGGCGACUUGAAACUCACCUGCAGACAAGGAACCAUAACCUCGACGUUUACCAUGCAGUCGGUAACGUCGUUGGACAAGAACAAGCCGCUGCCACCGAAGCUGAUCCAGCUGAUCAAACGUGGAAUGCAACAGGAGAUGAGCGGCCUGUUGGGCAGUGACUCCGGAUUCAAGAUCCCACACAUCGGAAUUGGUCAGCUGUCCCGGAUCGAGAUGAAAACCAAACCGAACGCACUGUCGCUGUCGAGCGACUUCGCUGUCAACCAGCAAUUGCUGUACCGAAUGAUUAGUAACGUUAUACAUCGCAAACUGGGAAGCACCGGAGGCAUGCCCGGUCCGGGAAUGGGCAUACCCCCAGGGUUCUGA